ACUAUCGCUAGACUCUCAUCGCUACUGAGCAUGUAUGCGUAAAAAUAAAAAGUAUUAAAACGGAAAGUAAAUUAAAAAACAAUGUUAGAUGGCUGGUACUGUAGGUCCUUGGCCAACCAGGAGGAGGGAGCCAUUAAGGAUGAGCCGCCUAGCGACGAUGAGCCUCAACAGCCUGCCAGAGAUCGUGUUCCGGCAAUUUCCCGCGGAGCAGCACCAGCUAGAUCCUCCACAGCCUCCGCGGGAUUGGGACCCACCGACAAGGACUUCAAGGAGCGCUACAAGAACCUCAAGAAAAAGCUAAAAUUUCUUAUAUACGAGAACGAGUACUUCCAAGAUCUUUUGCACAGCAAUCAGCGCCGUUUGCUAAAGGUUUCUAGGGAUCGCACCUUCCUACUGGAUCGCCUUCUGCUCUACGAGAAACCAGCAAAGGACUCCAGUGACAGCGAUGCCACCGACAGCUCCGAUUCGGAACCGGCAUCGACAUCAGGAGCUGCCGGAGGAUCGCAGACAUCCAAAGAUGCCAUGCGAAAGAAGCACAAAGACAAGAGUACGCCCGGAACUCCUGGUGUACCCCCGCAUGUGCCCACUGUGGGUGCAACAAGAGGACGAAGGCGAAAAAUCCUUACUGGAAUGAUGCCCACAAACCAUGGAAUCCAGUCGGCUACUCCAAAAAGACAACUUACCGCCACAAUUUCACCCUCACAGCAGCAGCAGCAACAACUGCAACUACAGACUGUUCCGAAGGAUGUUUCGCCAGGCCUGAGCCAAGCGGAAAUCGCCCGACAACUGCAGGAGCGACGACCUACACCGCUGGAGCUCAUUAGUCCGGAGGCCACUGUACCUACUACGAUGCUCAGCGAUGAAAGCCCCUCUAAAUGUUUUUCUAGCUAUCCAAACGAAAGCCUGCAGCAUCUAAUGGAGGACGACUCGCAUUCGCACGAGGUGGCCGCCGAGGAGUGUGUCCCAAUGGAGUACACCAGUUAAUAUUUACACAAAGCUAUAUAUAUUACUAUAUAUAUUACUUUGCCUUAGCUAUAAUAAAAUUUAUUGAACAAACCUA